AUGUUAAGUCGAUUAUUUCCACGAAUCAAAGAAAAGCCUCUAACGGAAAAGGUACUAUCCCGCGAUGCCUUCAUCUAUUUGGAUCGGUGUAUGUGGUCCUUUGGCUGGACAGAACCCAGUGAUAAAAGAUGGAAGCGCCUGUACACUUUGUGGUGCAUUUUCAGCACAAUAGUGGUACUAAUUCUCCUGCCAAUGUCAAUGGUGGUGGAGUAUGUCCAUCGUUUCAGAAGUUUCUCAGCGGGAGAGUUUCUAAGUUCCCUUGAAAUUCUGGUUAAUAUCUACGGAUGUUCCCUAAAAUGCAUCUACAUUAUGAGGGGACAUAGUAAACUCCAAAAAGCGAAAAAUUUACUUGAUCAACUGGAUGGAAGAUGCAGAAAUGAUGAGGAGAGGUCAAUAGUUCAUCGACAUGUUGCCCUGGGAAACUCUUUCUAUAUGCUUUAUCAUAUGUUAUACACGGGCUUUGUGAUUGUGAACUUUACGGGUUAUGUGUGGAUGGGAAGACAUGCCUGGAGGAUGUACAUCCCAUUCCUGAAUUCCGAGGAGAACUUUAUGGCUUCCAGUUUGGCAGAAGUUGCUCUGAUGACAGCUGUGGUUACCAUGGAUCAGUGUACGGAUGUUUGUCCUUUAAUUUGCAUGCUCCUAGCAAGAUGUCAUAUUACUCUACUCAGAGAUAGAUUGAAGAUACUAAGAUCAGAUCAGGAUAAGGCUGAGCAUGAGCACUUUAGUGACCUGACCAAAUGCAUACAGGAUCAUCGAUUGAUUUUGGACUAUGUGAAUGCUUUGAGACCAGUUAUCUCUGGCACUAUUUUCGUGCAAUUCCUAUUGAUUGGUGUCGUCCUGGGACUAUCCCUGAUUAACUUGAUGUUCUUUUCAACUUUCUGGACGGGUCUGGGCACCUGUUGUUUUAUGUUAGAUGUGUGCAUGGAAACCUUUCCCCUUUGCUAUCUCUGCAAUGUCAUAGUUGAGGAUUGCCAGGAUCUUUGCAAUAGUUUAUUCCAAUCCAAUUGGAUGACUGCCAAUCGACCCUAUAAGUCUGCCGUUGUAUACUUCCUGCAUAAUCUUCAGCAACCGAUUAUAUUAACUGCCGGUGGAGUGUUUCCCAUUUGCAUGCAAACUAAUUUAUCUAUGGUAAAGUUGGCGUUUUCUGUGGUCACCAUCAUUAAACAGUUUAACCUGGCUGAGAAGUUCCAAUAG